AUGAAGGAAAACAAGGUCGUAAUUGUGAAGACCCGCGGUGGUAAAAUCCUCCGGUUGAUGAAAGAGCAUUACUUGCGAGAUGAUAUUGAGCAUGGAAUUGGAGCAGCACUUGAUUCUAGCCCCGAAAAUCGGCCUAAUUCUUUCUGCAGUCGGCCCCACUGGAUUCUGCCAGAUACAAACGUCUUUCUUCACAACCUCGAUGCGUUGGAAAACGAGCGAUUCCAGAACAUCAUCAUUUUGCAAACCGUCCUCAACGAAGUAAAACGACGAUCUGGUCCGAAUUACAAGAAACUCCGAAGUUUGAUCGGCUCAGGAAGAAAAGCCUUCGUUUUCGUGAACGAAUUCUGCGCAGAGACGUUUUCGAAGCGGGUCAAAGGAGAAAGCAGCAAUGACUACAACGAUCGACUGAUAAGAAGAGCAGUUGCGUUUUAUAACAAUAAAGGAAGUGGAUUUGGAACAAGGUGUUUACUCAUUACGAAUGAUCGGGCAAAUGCGGAGAUUGCCAGGAAAGCUGAUUUGGAAGCGGUUUCUUUCAGAGAGUAUGUCGGAGAAGUAGCGCCUGAAGUAUUCGACAAAGUCGCUGGAGGAAACGAAGAUGGGAUCGAAAUCGACCGAAAUAUUAACUACCAGCCGCAUUGGUCGAUGACCCAGGUCCAAAUUGGCGUCAAAUCGAAGAAACUUGUCCAAGGCAAGCUUGAAAUCUCGCGAGACAACUAUCUUGAGGGACUACUGAGGGACGGGGAUCGCGACAUUCUGAUUCAAGGAAGAAAUGAUCUCAAUCGAGCGAUGAAUGAAGAUAUUGUCGCGGUCAGAAUCAAGCCAGAAAGUGAAUGGUCGGCUCCGAGUUCUCGUUGUUUAGAUACUGAGCUUCAGCCUGGAGCUGACGAAGCCGAAGCAAGCGCUCCCAAAGCCGGUUUAAAGCCGAUUCCGACGGGAGAAAUCGUUGGUAUCAUCAAACGCGCAUGGAGAAACUACUGCGGCGUGAUCGAAGCUCCCAAUCCGGGUUCAACGAGAGUACUCUUUCUCGCUGCGCAGCGGCAGAUCCCGAAGAUUCGCAUCGAAACGCGACAAGUGGAGAGACUUAUUGGACAGCGACUCGUUGUUGCUAUUGAUGUCCUCGGAAACGUCGGCGACAAGAAAACAGAGAACGAAGUCCUUUUACUCGAGCACGACGUAAAGCACGAUCCAUUUUCACCGAAAGUAUUGAGCUGUCUGCCAGACAAGAACUGGACGAUCACGGAAGAAGAGCUGGCGAAGCGAGUUGAUUUACGGGAAUAUGACAUUGCCUCCGUCGAUCCGCCCGGCUGCACAGAUAUUGACGAUGCGCUACAUUGUAAAAAGCUGCCAAAUGGAAAUUAUGAAGUCGGAGUUCACAUUGCUGAUGUCAGUCAUUUUAUUAAACCAGGAACUGCACUUGAUGAAGAAGCUGCGCAGCGGGGGACGUCGGUUUAUCUCGCUGAUAAUAGAAUUGACAUGGUACCGAUUCUUCUUUCGUCGAAUUUAUGCUCGCUUAGAGGCGGAGAAGAGCGAUUGGCGUUUUCCGUCAUUUGGGAGCUCGAUGACAACGCGAAAAUCCUCAGCGUGAAAUUCCAUAAGUCCGUCAUCAAAUCGAAAUCUGCCUUUACCUACGAAGAAGCCCAAAUCCGCAUCGACGACAAAUCAAAGACCGACUCCUUGACCGAGAGUCUGAGAGGAUUGAACUACCUGGCGAAGAAACUGAAAGCGCAAAGGUUGGAAGAUGGAGCGCUCACCUUGGCAAGUGUGGAAGUUCGCUUUCAUUUGGACUCAGAGACGGCAGAUCCGAUUGAUUUGUACACGAAGGAGUUGAAAGAGACUAAUUCUAUGGUCGAAGAAUUUAUGCUGUUAGCCAACUGCUCGGUAGCGGAGCAUAUUCGAACAGAAUUCCCACAAUCAGCCGUUCUCCGUCGCCAUCCAAAACCACCCGUGUCCAAUUUCGACCCUCUAGUCCGCGCUGCCAGGGCCAAAGGAUUCCAUCUCAAUGUCAAUUCUUCCCGUGAACUGGCGGAUUCACUCAACGAAGCUGUCGAUCCCGCCGAUCCAAUGGUCAAUACUGUCCUUCGAGUCAUGUCAACUCGCUCGAUGAUGCAAGCUGUUUAUUUCUGCACGGGUUUCGAAAGUGAUUGCUGGCACUACGGACUGGCUGCGCCAAUUUACACGCAUUUCACGUCGCCGAUUCGAAGAUAUGCUGAUAUCAUGGUUCACAGAGCUCUUGCAGCGUCAAUCGGCGCUGAUACUACGACGCCUGAUAUUCUCGACAAGAAUCACAUCAAUAAUGUCUGCAAGAAUAUCAAUUUUAGAAACAGAAUGGCUCAGCAAGCUCAGAGAGCAUCCAUUGCUCUUCAUACCCAGCUUUAUUUCCGAAAACAAGGCGCUAGAACCGAAGAAGCGUACGUCAUGCAAGUCAAACAAAACGCCAUCGGCGUGCUCAUCCCUCAGUUUGGCAUGGAAGGAACGAUCUUUUUGAACGAUUUGGAAAAAGAAGCAGAAUUGGAUGAGGAGAACUGCGAAUUGCUCGUCAAAGGUACAAAGUUCAAGGUGUUCGACAAGGUGAAAGUGCUCGUGACGACGGAGCAAAGUGGGCCGCAGCACGAGCGCGUCCGGAUGAAACUAGUCGAUCCUAUUAUAGAAGGAUUCAGCGUUGAAAGCGACAAGAUGGAAGGAUAA